ACAAGAAUUAUCAUGUUGAACUUUGAUAAUAACCACAUGUUCUGAGUGUUAAAACCAUGUUACAAACAAAAUAACAUUAACAAAUUUACCACAUAACUACCCAAAAUGAGCCACUGUUUUUAUCCUUCACAAGUUCAGAUGACUUUUUUCUUUCAACAUACACAUGUAUGUCAGUAGAGUCUAAGAAUCUUGAAAAAACAAAGUUCAAUUUAUAUAGACACUAACGACAAUUCAGAAUUCAAACGUACAAAUUGUAAAUGAGAUUCUAUCAGAAAUAAAAUCACUAACGGCAUUACAGCUUAGUCUAGUUUUAUUUCCCCAGAUGAACAACAAAAGCCUGGCAUUUCAGCAUAUAAACGUUUUGCACCACAAAAUUUGCAAUCCGUUACAUUAGAUAAUAUAUCAGGAGUAUUUACUAUGAGCUCUAAGGGGUCAACGAUCUGUUCACACAUACGGGUCUUACGGCGAAUAUUUCUAUCCUGUACACGCUGUUCGACAAGAUCAUACUUUCUUUUUGUUUGUCAUUAUGCCUAUCUAAAUGGGAGUUUUGGGUUCACACAGAUAUACACACAAAAGGCACAAAAGCUUUUAGGAUAAAGCAGACCUAAAGUGCAGAAAUUAUACACUACAGCUAAUUCUGUUAGUCAUCAAAUUGCUUUAUAAACUGCAGAAAACAUGAAGUAACAAAUUUUGAAAUAAUUGGAAUAAUAAAAUGAAAACAAAUGAAUGAGUAACUGGAAAACAGAUCAUCAUGACCAAGCAAAAAUAAAAAAUAAUCACCGUUGUCUUUCCAAAAAGCACAAAUUUCAUGGCAAUCAAAAGCAAAACCCUUCAAUCUCUUCUAAAACCCAUACAUUUGAAAUAUAAAAUUCAAAAUCUAUCAAUAAGAAUGUGUAUAAUAGAAAUGUCCAACUGAUUAAUCCAAUCGAUCAAAAAGUUUGUUCCCUUGAUUCAUUUAAACCAAUCAGUAAACAAGAAAUGAAACUAAAAAUGCAAUUUGAAAAAUAGACAUCAAUCGAAUGCAAAAAGAAGUAAGGCCUCCCCCUCAGCCGUUUUGCCCUGAAACUAAAACCAAUCCAAUAUCUACAUACUAAUACCAAACACACAAUAAAAUUGAUUCGACUAUCACAACGGUUUACUUUAAACUCUUGAAUUACUUUCCCCAAGAAGUCCAAGUUUAAAUCGAAGGGAAAAAAAAGUCACACAAACACAAACAGACAUAGAAGUAUAAUAGAUUUAAUCGUCUCAAAUAGAUUUAAUCUUCUCAAAAAAUCAACAACUCGCUAAAAUCCGGAUCUAGAUAGCUGCUGCCUAAAUCCUAGAAUGAAUCCAUGGUCGAAGAAAGGAAAAAGGGGAAAAAGAGGUACAAUUUGGUAUCAGUGGAGCGAAGUUCUGUUCCUCACAUAGACGUCAAAGAAGGGAAAAAGAAAGGAAAGAAGAGAGCUGGGCUACAGGCAAAGAAGGUUACCCCUUCAAAGACCGACCGAAAAAGAAAAAAAAGGAAGCGGUCCAAUACCAAAUUGCCACGUCAGCUGUGUUGACCGACAACCCCCUCUUAACCGUGAAGGAAAAUGAAGACAUCUGCUCAUCAUUUUUUUACGCUAGACAUAAGACUCAGAUCCGCAUGAUCAAGAUUAAUGGUUAUAAGAAAUAAGAAGUAUGAAUCUAAUGUAGAAAUAAAGUCAUUUAGGUUUAUAUUUCACACCUAGUUAUCAGAGAUUCAGCAAAUAUGAUGACCACCUUGAAGUUGUAAGGGACAUCUCCACAGUUACCAAAUAUGAGAUUAACCUACAUACUUUGUGCUACUUGUGCUAACAGAAAGUAGAAAACACAAGUAGAAAACAUGAAAGAUGCCAUUCAGUAGACCAAACAAGUAGAAAACAAAAGUAAUAUGCAAACAAACUUCAAAUUUAGGAAUUAUUAUGCCUUCCAAAUUUCAGCAGCAUUGAAAACUUAACCACAUUUCACAAAAUAACAUAAUUUGAAUAAAGACUCUGAAACCCACACAUCAAGAAUAAAGCAUAAUUUGAAUAACGCAUAUUAUAUAAUUGUUUUCAGUUUCAUUUUGCAUCUGAAAUAUAUAAUCACUCUCAUCUUCUUCAAAAAACACAGACUCUGGAAAUUGGAAGCAAAGAUCUAUUGUGUUUGCAUAGGUGGAAAGUACAAAUUGUACAAAAAGGGUUACACGUGUACCAGAAGAAAAUUUUGACUCUUGUGGUAAAUUGCAGAGAACCAAAUCUUUAAAACACACAAUACAUUCCUGAGGAAAAUUGCAGAAAACAAAAAAUCUGUGAACAAAUAAAAAAUAGGGAUCAAUCAAUCCACAAUACAUUCCUUUUCCCCCAAACUAAAACCAAACUCAGUAUCUACUACCACCAAUCGCACAAUAGAUUCAUUCAACCAUCACAUCGACUCACUUUGAACCCUUCAAUAAGUUUCCCCAAAAACCUGAAGUCUAAAUCCGUUGUGUUCUUGUAUAAGUCGAUGGAGAGAAAAUCAGACAAACACAAAAAAACACAUACAAAGUAUAAUAACAGAUCUGCAGAUUUCAAAAAUCAACAACUCACUAACCACCGGAUCCAAAGAGCUGCUGCCUAAAUCCCAGAAGAAGUCGAUGUUCAGAGGAAGAAAAAAGGUGCAAUUAGAUACCAGUGGAGCAAAGUUAUCCCUUCAAAUUCUGUUCCUCACUUAGCCGUCAAAAGGGAAAAAGAAAAGAAAGAAGAGAGCUGGGCAACGGGCCAAAGAGGUUGCUCCUACAAAGACCGACCAAAAGGAAAAAAAGGAAUCGAGUCCAAACCAAAUUGCCACGUCACCGAUGUUUACCGACAACGGCCCUUUAACCAUGCAGGAAAAGGCGAUUCUCUCCUAUUUAUAUGUAGACUAGCAGAGGGGAGCCGCACGAUGUUUUAGAAGUUCCAUUCUUAAAACGAUACCCUAUGUUCAAGUUAAACACAUCAUGCGGACAAGAUCGCAAUAGCAAAAGAAAAUUCUUUUUUUGAUAAACAACAAACGAAAAUUCAUUUGUAAAGUUUACAACUCAAAUUCGAAUAUGUAUAUAAUAUGACACCGCUGCUCCAUUUACCAAGUUUACUUUUGUUGGUUUUUGUUCUAAAUCUCUUUACUCACAAUCGGAUAAAACAAAGUAUCAAAAUUCUCUACUAUUUCAUAGUAGUUCAUAAAUAUCUGAUCUGAUUAUCGUUUCACCUAAUAGCAUACACUCCCUAAUUCAAAUUUAACUUAGCAUAGUAAUCCUUCCAUAUGUGGCAAGCGAUCUGACCACCCAAACCAAAAACUUUAAACUUAAUUUUCCCAAUGCUCAGCUACUGGGUCGGUUGAUGCUGCACCAGCCUCUACUCACACAAAUUAAUCAAAAAAUCAGGGCAAACCCACUUCAAGAGAUGAUUUUAAAAGAGUUCAACCAAACUACUUUGUUUCCGUGGUAAAAAACUAAGAAAUUCGUUCAUUUUAAGCAAGACAUUUAUAAUUAGAGAAUGUCUUUAACAUCAGUAGAUAGUGAUGCCAUAUGGACCAUUUACAAUAAUCUUUAACAUCAAGUUAGUGAUAAAGCUCUAUUACUGGUCAUCAAGUUUCAUCCUCCAGAAUGGACAAAUAAGACCUGUCCUAAAAACCACAACCACAACAAAAGUGGUCAACUCACGAUAUUAUUGCAUGCAUUAUUAUCAAAUUCAUAUGGUAUAUCAAGAACAACCCAAGUAGUUACUAUGUGUUUUAAGGGGUCAACUGUCUGUCAUACAUGGGUUUUACGGCGAGUAUUUCUUUCCUGUACAAGCUGUUCAACAGAAUUAUAUUAUCCUUUUUUGGUCAUUAUGCCUACCUAAAUGGGAAGCCCAGGUUUACACAAAUAUACACAGAAGGCACGAAAACUAUAAGAUAAAGGAGUCUUCGAGUGCACAAACUGUAAAAAGUUACAACAUACAAUAAAACACAAUUUGUACAAAAUUAACAUAAAUGGAAAUCUUAGGUUACACAAAUAUACACAGAAGGUACAAAAACUAUAAGAUAAAGGAGUCUUGGAAGUGCAAAAAGUGUAAAAAGUUAAAACAUACAAUAAGACAAAAGUUGCACAAAAUUAAUAAAUGAACCUGCUUGUAGAUGUAUUCCUUGAGGUGGACAUUUUGUAAAUUGUAGUUUACAAAACACUUUGUAAACUGUAGAAAACAUGGACUAAAAAAUUAUGAAGUAGGUGGAACGAUGUAACAAACAGAUCUCUAACUAAAGAAGCGAUUAUGAUGAGCAAAAUGAUCACGGAAACAUCACCUGACAACUGAAUGAGCACUCUCCAUACACUAAAGUAACCAUACCUAAACAUUGGUAAAACAUGCAGCAAUUACAUUCAGCCAUCUGAUCCUAACUGCCUACCCCAGGCCACACAUUAAUUUCCCUUCUUUCCUCCCCGAACCAGAGACCUCAAGCACACACACAGUACCAAUUUCACUCUGUUUUUGGCCCCUUCUCAUGCAUGGUAAUGGUCGACAACAAUUUCCUAAUCCGAAUACACCCGAUUUCUUUUACUUUAUCAAACCUUUCGGCCAUAUGCCUUUAUCUUUUCCCAAAUCAAUUCAACAGUACAAAAUCAAUAUUGAACAAGAUUCAAGUACCAAAGUCACAAAAAGCAUGAGCUAAUUUGUCCGGCCCACAUCGACUCAAUCGGAAUCGACUCAAUCAGAGACUAACUAAAACCCAGUAUAUAAUUUUACCACUACAUCACAUGCAUCAAUUGAGGGGCAACAAAAUUAAGCAUGAAAUUCAAUAUCAAUACCGGAUGCACAAUAAAUUCAUUCAAACAUCACAUCAACUCAUUUUAAACCCUUCAAUUUGUUUUUCCAAAAACGCAAGUUUAAAUCGCCUCUGUUGUUCUAUCCCUCGACGGAGAGAAGCUAAACCUUUGGAUGCAAGCUGACUAAACGCAAACAAAGCCGAUAAUCGAAGGGAAGAAAGAACUGAGAUAAGUGUCAAUGAAGUGGAAUUAUGCCGCAAACUCUGUCCUUCUUCACGCAGGGGUCAAAAAGGAAAAAGAAAAGAGAAAAAGGGAGUUGGAAAAACGGGAGAAGGAGUUGGUCGUACAAAGGCCACAAAAAACUAUUGGGAAUAGGCACUAAACAGAGGUCAAAACCACUUGAAGUCAAGAGAAAUUAACACAACUAUUAGAAAGUUUGAAUUUUCAAAUCAAUGCUAUAACAAAGACCAUUCGUUUUUCGUUCAGUGCAUUAUGUGAACAGGCACUAAACAGAGGUCAACUCAUUGAUGUAAAAUGUCUCGAGCAAUACCGAAAAGGGAUCCUCACAGAAGAACAAACUGAAGGCAAUGAAAAGUUCAGAGAGUGAAAGCAAAACUGAUUCCGUUCAAGCAUGCUGCAUAGAUAAACUGUAAAAUAACACUUGCCAAAACUCAUUCAGACCCAAAUUCAAACACCUAACAUGCAAGACUUCAAAUCUUGGUUCUAAUUUUUACCGAUUCACUUUAAAUUCCCCUAUUAAGGCAAAAGGAAAUCAAUUCAAACUAAAAUCCCACGAAGAUGGUAGGAGAAAGCUCCAUAAAUUGUAGCUUUUUCUUCUUCUCCUGUAAAUGAUUCAUCUAGUCUCCACAACAUAAGAAUUCAUUAAGGUAUAAAGCAAACACCUAAUAUGCAAACCAAACAUCCAUGCUCCUACAAUUAAUUGCACCCACUAAUUUCAAACCUUGUUGAUCAUUAUCACAAAAAUUGAUCAACGUGGAAGUAGAAGAAAUAAGAAUCGGGGAAGUAAAACAUUAUUGAAUUUAAAAUCACGACAAGCAGCAAAAGGAAAGAAGACGCUCAAUCGAAAGAUUUGAGAGAGGAGCGUGGAAACAGCAGGCACAAACCAGUGGAUGAUCAUGGUUCAGACAGUGACUUUGCUGGAGGAAGAAACGGCAAUCGGAGGAGAGGAGAUGGAAGUACACCGUGGGCGACGGGCAACCGGAAGGGAAGAAUUGAGGGAGCAGAUAUGAGUAACGCGACCAAAAAGAGGAGACAAAUUAACACUUGCCACGUCCGCAAAAAUAACCGGGAACCAGAAGUAGAUGUAGAUACAGAGAGCAGUAGCAGGUUUGUAUUCCCAAUAUCCCGUCCGCUUGUUUCACCUCCGAAUCGACUUUGCCUUUGAUUCUAUACAGCCAGGAACCAAAGAGCAAAGAAAAAAUGUCUCUUAAUAUACAACAGCAAGUGGAGAAAGUGAAUGGAAAGGAACUAAGCUACGUUCAAUUUGUUCAAAAUUACCUGGUUCAAAAUCAACCCGUUAUACUCACCGGGUUAAUGGACGAUUGGAAGGCCUGUAAAGACUGGGUUCAUCAAGACGGAAAACCAAAUCUCAAAUUUAUUUCCACUCAUUUUGGCAAGUCUCAAGUCCAGGUUGCAGAUUGUGGGAUACAAGAGUUCACUGACCAGAAAAGAAUGGAAAUGUCUGUUUCAGAGUUUAUUAUGAAAUGGGUGGAAUCUAAAGACACUAAUGGUUCUCUGGAAUCGAAUGACAAGCCUUUGUUAUACUUAAAAGAUUGGCACUUUGUAAAGGAGUACCCGGAAUACUGUGCAUAUAAGACGCCAGUAUUUUUCUGUGAUGACUGGUUGAAUAUGUAUCUUGAUCGAUACCGUAUGCAUAUGGAUCCUGAUAGUUACCAAGAGAACAACGAAAUAAGCUGCUCUGACUAUCGUUUUGUGUACAUGGGGGCAAAAGGCACUUGGACACCACUCCAUGCAGAUGUUUUUAGGUCAUAUAGUUGGUCAGCAAAUGUGUGCGGCAAGAAGCAAUGGUUUUUUCUUCCUCCUAGUAAACAUCACCUUGUGUUUGACAGGAACAUGAAAAAUUCAAUUUACAACAUAUUUGAGGGUGUUGAUGAUACAAAAUUUCCUUGCUUUAGAGAGGCUAUUUGGUGGGAAUGCACUCAGGAAGAAAAUGAGAUAAUCUUUGUCCCUAGUGGAUGGUAUCAUCAAGUUCAUAAUCUGGAAGAUACAAUCUCAAUCAAUCACAACUGGUUCAAUGCCUAUAACGUCUCUUGGGUGUGGGACUUGCUUUUGAAAGAUUACAAAGAAGCUAGAUAUUUGAUUGAAGACAUCAAAGACAUUUGUGAUGAUUUUGAGGGCCUUUGCCAGCGAAAUCUAGCAGCUAAUUCAGGAAUGAAUUUCCAUGAUAUUUUAGCCUUCAUGGUGCGCAUUACUUUGGCCAACUUAUUCCUUCUUCACCAUCUCGUGCAAUUGGAAGAAAAUCCCCUCUGUUGGUCAUCCGGAGUACUGGGUGAUACAGUUUUCAAUCUUCAAUCUAUACAACGUGUAGCUCUUAAGAUGAAAUCUGUUGGAGCAUCUACCAAUAUCCGCAUCUUAAUAGACUUGAAUAAUCUUAUGGAGGAUUAUUCUUUUCUGCAACUGUUCGCCACUCUGAAAGAAACUUAUGGGGCGAUACAUGGCGUUUUCGAUGUUAUUUGUGAAGAGAAGGUCCUAUGUAGUCACAUCAAAGAAUUGCUUAAUGAAUUUUCCUGUUCAUUUGUUGGUUCUGAAGAUCUGGAUCUGUUGGUAGACUUCGUUUUUAGAACAGUUGGUUUUGUUUCCGGCGAAAAUAUGCUUUUGGAGAACUAA